AUGGCGUCCUCUUCGACGCCAGCUACUCCCCUCCUCUACUCCUGCAUCGCACACAAGACAACCAUCUUAGCAGAAUGUACCACGUCCGCCUCGUCGCAAACUUCCUCUCUAGCCUCUCUCAUUCUUCCGAAGAUUGAGCAUAACCGGCCACAGAAGUUGACCUACACCCAUGGCCAAAACCAGAUUCACUACAUCUCCGAAGCGCCAUCCGAGCAUCCCAACAAUCCUUCAGCUGGUGGACUCACAUUCCUCGUAGUUGCGGAUGCUUCGCUAGGUCGUCGUGUCCCCUUUGGCUAUUUGAUCGAGAUCCGCAAUCAAUUCUUCAAUGAAUACACCGAGAGCACCGACUUCUCCGAAAUGCCCAAUUACGGUGCUGGGUCGUUUAAUUCGGAAUUAAAGAACUUGAUGAUUGACUAUGGCACUACAAGCGGCGGCAGAAACGAUGCCCUUGGCAAUGCGAAGCGUGAAAUCGAUGAUGUUAGGGGCAUUAUGACGGAGAAUAUCGAGACUAUUCUGGAACGAGGAGAGCGACUUGAUUUGCUUGUUGACAAGACGGACAGACUUGACAGCAACGCACAAGAUUUCAGAGUCCGAAGUCGUGGUCUCAAGCGUCAGAUGUGGUGGAAGAAUGUCAAACUCAUGGGUCUGUUGGGUUUAGUGAUUUUCCUCAUCGUUAUGGUCAUGGUUAUUGCUAUUAAGAAUGCAGUUUCGUAA